AUGCAAAUGUACCUUAACAAUCAAGACACUGAUGUUGUUAUACGGACAGAAAGCGGUGAUCUGCAUGCACACAAGUGCAUACUCUCGGCAACAUGUCCAUUUUUCCGACAGCAACUGCAGAAGUCGAAACGGAUAGAAAUGAAAGGUUAUUCGCGAAACGCCAUCCACUUCUUGUUAUCAUUUCUCUACGGUGGUCUCACGUCGAUUCCUGAGGAGGUUGACGUUUGGGAGGUUAUCGCCUUGGCUACUCAUCUAAAUCAUAAAGACCUAGCCGAUGUCGUCAUUUUACAUUUAAAAGCAACGAGGUGCCACUGGUUCCAUCGACCAUGUGCAUCAUGCGUGUCAGCUGUAUUCGAUGCUCUCCCACAAUUCGCGUCAAUACGAUGUCUAAAGCCACUUUACGACGAGGCACUUGCCUGGCAAGCGCGGCACUUUGCUCGAAUCUGGAAGGGCAGAGUAUUCGGUCAUUUGAAUGAACGAUGGCAGCGAGAAUGCUAUGAGGCCAUUAUUCAGCAAAUGGAUGAUGAAACGCUUAUCGAUACAAUACUUGGAUGUGAGCGGUUACAAGGUUUGGCUUUGAAUCUCGGCGUUUUGGAGGGACUGCUACCAUCGGUUGUGCACUCCUUGUCGGCAGAUGUGGCUAUCAAAACCUUCAAGGGUCUAGACCAUUUACUGGAAGAAAUUCGGACUGCGCCACCAUCGCCAAGUCGCGGCCUAAGUAUCCCCCUAGAUGAGUAUAGCCCGAGGUUCUGCUCUCUAGUACGACGCAUCUACGAGUUGGUCGAUAAGCAUUUGUUACAUUAUGCGGCAUCUGUAGUGAAGGCUGAUGCUUGGAAUCUCUUGUCUGAGCGACAACAGGCCCGAAUUCAAGAAGCUGGACUUUUUGUGGAAAUUCGUCAACCGAAGGCUCCUCCGCCUCGCUUUUCCAGCCACAAUCGAAGCUAUAAGCGCUCAGCUUCAGCAGGCGUGCAAUUCUCAGACGACACGUUCCAGGAGCGAUCUCGGUCCAUAGAACGCAGACCGUUCCCACCAGUGAUGACAUUCGAGAGAAGUGAAGCAACGGUCAGUGAAACGCCGGCAAAAGAAGCAACCGGUAGGAACGGAAACGAGAAAGGAAGGAAGAGAUGGGAUUCUCAACAGGAAAGCACAAGGACAGCAAACCAGCCAUCAGUGUCGCGGCCCGCAUCAAAUGAGAGGAAAUCCGUUUCUCGGUCGACCUCUCAGGAUAAAGCCGCGAGCUUACCGACACAAGAGGAGCAGUCCGUCGCUUCUGCUGAACAGCUCAAAGAAUCAACAAGUAGCGCCUCUGUGAGGUCAGACUCUCCACGUGGUAAAAGCGCCCGUCCAAAUGAUCAAAAGAAGUCACCCUCAAAAAAGAAGGCAAUUGAGACAGAAGAGGGACGUCUAGAACGACAAGCAACACACACGAUAAUGAACGUAGAUCGAGGAAAGGUCGCGGAGCUUCCUGGUCCUGGACCAUCACCAACAAAGACCGCUGAAAAGCCGAAAUCUGUAGUCAAGCCGAUGGUAAAGGAUCCACCAUUAGCUAGCUCCGCCCCAAGGACCGUAACGCGAUCAGCGCCAGCAAGGCCGACCAGAGACACGAAAAUCGCUAGUUCUGUGAAAUCAUCGAUACCAAAAAGUAUGGGUACAACAGCACCAUCAAAAGUGUCGCCAGCACGUGGUCCCGUUCGACAGCCCGCGAUUGAGGCGAAAGGAACAAGACCGCCACUGGUAAAACGAACCGGUCGAAGUCCAAAGUCGAGCCGAAAGAGUGCCAAUUCCAUUGAAAAG